AUGGCCGACCCGAAAGAGCGCGACCACGCCUCCCCUUGCCUCCCGGCGGUGGCUGCACUCCUUCCCGGCUCCGUCUUCCAGUGCGCGCUGCUCCGGGCCGCUCUGGCGAAGAGCGCGCCGAUGAGGGUGUUGUGCGGGCGGCGGGGAGAGUGCCCGGGAGGGUGUCGCGGGGCAGUUCGGCUGAGGAUUGGGGUAGCAUCAUUGUGGGAGAAGGAAGGAGGCGGCGCUGUUUUCCUCGACUCGAACUGGGGAGAGAAAGAAGGACGUUAA